AUGCCUCGCAAGUUUUUAACGUUAGAAGCUGCGUUAGAUUAUUUCCACAGCUUAUUCAACAGCGAACUUGAUGACGGACACGAGCAUGAUCUUUGUAUUUUGCUGCCUGAUAAACACGCGAGUCUGAGUGAUGAAGAACACAUAAAUGAUGAAGCCUUAAAUGAAGUUUAUCCUAAAGAUGUCUGCGGCCAUGUUGACUUGAUGCUUAGCGAUGAAGAUACAGGUUCAAAUAGUUCAGAUGAUCAGCUUCACAAUUCAGGAUAUCAAAAGGGAAACACAACCUCAUGCUCGACUCCAGAAGCAAAGAAGUGGAAACAAGAACCCUAUCCCAGGUGGAAAAAAUAUGCUAAGUUGGAAGAAAAUCUUCCGGGAAAAAAACUCGAAAAAUUGACUGGAAAAUUCCCCGAGCUUCAGGCAAUGGAUCUCCUGCAGUUAUUUUUCAAAAUACUUCAUCUGGAUUAUAUGCAACAUCUAGCUGAUAUAUUAACUCUCAGUGAAGGUGUCAAGCAGACCUGA